CCGUGUUUUCUAUAUAUUUGCUAUUUUCAUCAUUUUCAAUUUGAAUUGGGUAUAGUGAGUUUAGAUGAGAUGGUACCUAGAGCAGCUGAAUAGGUACAGAUAUACAGCAGUUAUAAAGAAGAAGCCUAGUUAUCAACUAGGAAUUUGUACAAAGUAAAGAAAUCUGUAUUUCAUCUGAAAUUGCUUUGUGUAUUAUACAAAACUGCCAACAAUUGGUUUUGUUUUGAAGUAAUGGUUUAAAUGUUCUCUUCAGUAAAAGCCUUUUCCACAACUCAGGCUUUUCAACAAAAACAAUAUGGAGUAUACAUAAAGUUUAAAUUUUUUCAAUCACUUUGAGAUAAUGAAAUAAUGAGCAAAGAAAUACCAAUUGAAAUUGAUAUCGUUAAUCAGAUAAACCAUGAUAGUAACUAUUUCCAAACCAAAAUAGAUUGUCUAAAUGCUUCUGAUAUCAAUUAUGCGCAUUUUUAUGCUACCUAUAUGUUACACAACAUACCCUGUAUCAUUAAAAAUGUUUCUAAUGAUUGGAAAUGUUCGAAAGAGUGGGUUUUAGAUGGUCAAAUAAAUUAUGAAUAUUUUACACAAGAGUAUGGAGACUUAGAUGCACCUGUUGCUGAUUGCAACCAAAUAAACUUUAAUGCUCAAUGCAAAUGUAGUAUGAAAGUUAAAGAUUACAUGAGUUACCUCAAAAACCCACACAAAGAAAAAUUGUUGUAUCUAAAAGAUUGGCAUCUGAGAAGACUAACAAAUGGUUUGUUUUAUGAGGUUCCAAUUUUAUUUGCAUCAGAUUGGCUAAAUGAAUAUGCUUUGGAUAUGCAAGAGGAUGAUUUAAUGUUUGUUUAUAUUGGACCCAAAGAUACAUGGACACCUUUUCAUGCUGAUGUUUAUUCAUCAUACAGCUGGUCAGUUAACAUUUUUGGCAGGAAGAAAUGGAUAAUUCUUCCCCCAGGGGAAGAAGCAAAAAUAAAGGAUUCAUUUGGAAAUCUGCCACUUCUGUUUGAUCCAAACAUACAUAAAAAUGUAAAACACUUUGAAAUCAUCCAAGAAACAGGGGAUGGCAUUUUUGUUCCGUCCGGAUGGCAUCAUCAAGUUUUUAACAUACUGGACACUAUUUCUAUAAAUCAUAAUUUUAUUAAUGCUUGUAAUGUGGAGUUUGUGUGGAGAGCACUUGAAGAUAAUUUAGUUUCGGUUGAAAAAGAAAUUCAGGAAUUUAAAGACACUCCUGAAUUUAUAACUCAGUGCCAAUUAAUACUAAAAUCGUUAUUUGGUAUGGAUUUUGAAGAAUUUAUUAAAUUCAUUAUCCAUAUAGCUCAAAAAAGAAUAAAUUAUUUUAAUAAAAAAACCACAUGUAAACUCUUUAACACUUACAUUUUACAAAACAAUCACAUUACUUUUGAUCUUAAAAAAAUAUUAAAAAUUAUCAGUUUUAUAGAAAACCACCCUUUAGUAUCAAAAAUUAUUUCAUUACAUGAAACAGUUCCUCAAAUCAUACAUAUAAAAAAAUCUAUCAAUAAAGCAUUAAAAUAG